GCAGCCGCAGAGAUGUCCGACAACGGCGGCUCGGCUGUCGGCCUGCUGUCCUACGAGACGCUGGUUCACGCUGUGGCGGGAGCGAUGGGCAGUGUGACAGCCAUGACCGUCUUCUUCCCCCUGGACACCGCGAAGAGCCGGCUGCAGGUGGAUGAGAAACGGAAAUCUAACUCGACCCUCAUCCUGGCUGAGAUAGCAAAAGAAGAAGGCCUUCUGUCUCUGUACAGAGGCUGGUUCCCAGUCAUCUCCAGCCUCUGCUGCUCCAACUUCGUCUACUUCUACACCUUCAACACGCUGAAGAGGCUGGCGCCAUCCAGACCAGGCAUGUCCAGACCCAGCAGAGACCUGCUCAUCGGAAUCGUAUCAGGAGUCGUGAACGUUCUCACCACAUCUCCAUGUGGGUGGUCAACACACCGCCUGAAGCUGCAGGGGGUGAAGUUCAGAAACGAGGACCUCCAUCAGACCCAGUACAGAGGCAUCGCAGACGCUUUCACUCAGAUCAUCGCCAAGGAAGGAGUGGGAACUCUGUGGAACGGCACUCUGCCUUCCCUCAUCCUCGUCCUCAACCCGGCGGUUCAGUUCAUGUUUUAUGAGGCCAAGAGGAAGGCAGGCAGAGGAGGGAGGAAGAUAUCCUCAGCAGAGAUCUUCCUCAUCGGAGCCAUAGCCAAAGCCAUCGCUACCACCGCAACGUAUCCUCUUCAGACAGUUCAGGCCAUCCUCAGGUUCGGUCAGUACAAAGGUGACGGCAAGGGAGGCGUCAUUGGAAGUCUCUCCAGCGUUCUCAUUUUAAUAUUUGAUUCAUCCGUUUGUUACAGGAGACACGGAGUUCUUGGUCUGUACAAAGGCCUGGAGGCCAAGCUGCUGCAGACGGUCCUAACGGCUGCCCUCAUGUUCGUCGUGUACGAGAAGAUCACUGCUGCUACUUUCAAGGUCAUGGGCCUCAGCAGGAAGCUGAAGCGCUGAAAACUCCUACUUGAAACAGCAUCAGUGCACGUAU